CUCCAAGAGGGUCACCGGUCGGAGGUAGCUUCCGGGUCUGCAGACAGGAGGAGAAGAUGAAGGAAGAUUGCGCACCCAGUUCUCACGUGCCCAUCAGCGACAGCAAAUCCAUUCUGAAGUCGGAGCUCUUAAACCUGCUGAAAACCUACAACUGCUACCAUGAGGGCAAGAGCUUUCAGCUGAGACACCGAGAGGAGGAAGGAGCUCUGGUCAUCGAGGGGCUCCUCAACAUCGCCUGGGGGCUGAGGCGGCCCAUCCGCCUCCAGAUGCAGGACGACCGGGAGCCGGCGCCUCUCCUCGGCCGCCUGGACGCCGGGCAGCUCAGCUGCCGCCUAAAGGAGCCGCUUCUGCAGGGUGGCACUGCCCAGCAGCCAGGCCCUCAGCCCUCCGAGCACAGGCCUGAGAGUGCCAGCGACAGCUCAGGGCCCCUGGAGGAGGGCGAGGAGACCCCACAGCUGAUGCGCACCAAGAGCGACGCAGCCUGUGUGAUCCAGAGGAGGCCCAGGUGCCGCGCACCCGGCGAGACCCAGAGGACCCGGCGACACCGCUUCUCCAUCAACGGGCACUUUUACAACCACAAGACCUCCGUGUUUACACCUGCGUAUGGGUCCGUGACCAACGUGAGGGUCAACAGCACCAUGACCACCCUGCAGGUGCUCAGCCUGCUGCUCAGCAAGUUCCGGGUGGAGAACGGCCCCAGUGAGUUCGCACUCUACGUUGUUCACGAGUCGGGGGAGCGGACAAAAUUAAAAGACUGUGAGUACCCACUGAUUUCCAGAAUCCUGCACGGGCCCAGUGAGAAAAUUGCCAGGAUAUUCCUGAUGGAAGCCGACCUGGGCGAGGAGGUGCCCCAUGACGUUGCUCAGUACAUUAAGUUUGAAAUGCCGGUGCUGGACAGUUUUAUUGAAAAAUUAAAAGAAGAGGAGCAAAGAGAAAUAAUCAAACUGACCAUGAAGUUCCAAGCCCUGCGUCUGACGAUGCUGCAGCGCCUGGAGCAGCUGGUGGAGGCCAAGUAGCCAGCCAGAGCCCGCCUCUUCCGAAGCCACCAGCAGCCAAUGCACACCCAGUGCCUGCGAGCGGGCCCUGACUGGCGGCCCCACCUGAGGAAUCAGCACCUGUCUACCUGCCUAAGUACCACGGAUCCCACAUCCCUGGUUCUUAUCUCCAAGGUGAGCACUCGCAGGACCCAGACGCUGGCCUGAGUAGCAGGAACUUGCUGGUGGGGUUUCCUGCUGGUUCAGUGGGAGCUGCGUGAAAGGUUGCUCUGGGCGUUGAACAGCCCUGGCACUGACACCUGCCACUGGAUGGCAUGGCUAGUCCUGUUCACGCCACACCUCCUGCUUAGGAGAGCAGUGCCUACCGGAGCCCCGGGAGCUGGCUCAGCCCCGCAGGGCCCAGCCCCGUCCUCUGCGUCCACGUGAGCCACCUUGUGCUGCGCUCAGGAGCUCUGCCGGGAAGGCAGGGCUGCCUGCAGGGAUGGAAUGUGCCUACUCCCAGCAUCACUUCACCGUGGCGUCCCUGGCUCCUGGCCUCCAAACAUCUGAUGUCACUCCGUGAGCCUCACACAACCCAGCGCGCCGGAGGCAGAGGCGGGGCAGGAAUAAGACCAUGAGCACCUCUUCUCUCUGCAGCACUAACUCUAAACUUCCUCCGCAAGACCUGAAGGAAUUCUUAUAAGGAACUCACUGAGGAGGUGGCCCACAUGGCGUUGGAUGUACGACACCUUGUGGGAGAGUCCGGGGUCCAGGGGCUGCGGUCAGCGGCUCGAGAAGGACGUGCCCAGACUCCGCCACACUGUCCCUCUCUGGGCUGCAGCCUCCAUGCAAAGUACUUCCCUCAAAAGCGUGCGAUGAGGAGAAAUGUCAGUCUGCGGAGAAAGGGCUUUGAAUUCAUUGGGGCCCGACACUGAACCAUAUGGGUUGGUUCAGCUGAUGGAGAAUUUCUGGAAGGAAUAAGAAGUCUUCUGCAAAACUAUGCAACAGUUUAUGUCAGUCGUGUGUGUCAGCAAGCUAAGACCAAAUUCGUUCCCCACUGCCGGUGGGGGGCAGACUUAAAGGGAAGAACCAGCGAGGCCUCCAAAUGCAGGUGGCGAGACUCCCCCUCCUUCUCAGCAGCGGCUCCUCGGCGGCAGCACCCACAGGAGCAGAGCUGGGGAGCGGCCAGGCUGCGCAGUUUGCUGUCUGCGCCCCUUGGCAGCGCGGUUUCCUAGGUGCUCAAUAAAGGUGUGCUCCACUGAGCUGGAGGAGGCAGGA